CUCUCAUCCCUUCUUUCACGCAGAGGUUAUAGGAGUCGGCGGUAGGGAAUCAAACUACACAUCAUCAACCUUUCCCUCGCUCUGUCUGUCUCUCUUUUUCUCUGACGGCGACCCUUCACAAAAUCCAAAUAACUCGAGUCUCGUCGUCGGAACCCUCUCUUUUACACAGCCAUGGCAACCGUCGAACAUUGUCUCUUUUGUUUCGAGACACUGAGCGCCACUCUGGAAAAGCGCUCUCCCUUGACCCUAUCCCAAGUCCAGGCUUUGUGGGAAGAGUACCGCAAAACCACAGAGGAAGAAGACCAAGAAGAUCAAGAAACCGAGGCCUCUUCAUCUACACCCGGCGGUCCACUCCGCAACCCCGCCGUGCAGCGUCUCUCCGACAGCUCACCAAGCGGCUCCUCCACGCCCUCCUCUUCCUCUUCUUCUUCUCUUGAGCCAAGCACUACUGUCACCACCCCUGCGUCAAGCACGAAUUCCAUCAGUUCCAAACGCAGCAGCGAGCUUACCGAAUACCCCCUCUUCGUAACCUGGAACACCGUAUCGCCACGCACCCACGAGCAUUCCCUGCGCGGCUGCAUCGGGACCUUCGAGGCACUACCGCUCGCCACCGGGCUGAGUUCGUACGCACUAACAUCGGCGCUCGACGACCACCGGUUCUCGCCCAUCUCGCAGCGCGAGCUGCCCUCGCUCGACGUCUCCGUCACGCUGCUCACCGACUUUGAGACCGCCAAGGAUGCCAUGGAUUGGGAGCUCGGCGUGCAUGGCAUCCGCAUCUCGUUCUACGCGCGCAACCGCCGCUACGGCGCCUGCUAUUUGCCGGACGUCGCGCCGGAGCAGGGCUGGACCAAGGAGGAGACGAUCGUGAGCCUGAUGCGGAAGGCGGGCUGGAGCGGCCGGAAGGAGAAAUGGGGCGAGGUGUCAGAUCUGAAGGUCGUUAGGUUCCAGGGGCUGGCGGAGAGUCUUGGGUACGAGGAGUUUCGGAGGUGGAGGGAGUGGGUUGAGAGCAGGAAAUGA